AUGCCAAUCCUUGACACGGCCGAGUACUGGGGAGAGGAAGACUUUGCGGACGUCACUGUCGUCGUCGGUGACACCACGUUCAGAUGCCACCGCUUCAUCCUUGCCAAGAACUCGUUGUACUUCGCACGCAUUUUCGCAGGUGCAUUUAUAACGAUCACCAAGCUAGAGAACGGCUUUCCUCCCGAAGCCGUGGAGGCUGUUCUCAAAUACAUCUAUGGCAAGCUGUGGUAUGAUCCGCGACGCUUCGCCACCUCGAAACAUAGACUCUGGCGAAAAUUGUGUCACUGCUUGGAGGUCGUCAAAGUCGCCAAAGUUCUACAGGCUCAACGAUGUGUCAUAGCAGUCAUCGACUUCCUCAACUCCACUUCGCCGGAGGAAACCUUUGUUAAUUCGGGACCGGGUCUUCGUUCGAAUCGAGUUUACGACACGAUGGAACUCUUGACUUCGUAUCGGGAAGUGCAUGACUCGAUUGCGGCAGUCGAGCAGCGCUUCCGCAGGCGACACCUCGAUACUCUGUAUGGAGAACGCCUUUUAUUGAAUCGCAUCGCGAACGAUCCCAAUUUAGCUCGCCAGCACCUGCAACACCUGGCAGAUUGCGUGCACCUGCUUAACGAAAUGGACCCGGUGGCGCCAAGAGCUGAAGUUAUCCUUGCCACAUCGUCCCCGGUGGUGCCGAGAUUUGGAGUAUCGCUCGUGACCUCGUCUCCAGACAGAUCCAAGCCCGGGAUACUAUUGAGCGAAGCCCCCUCCCCAUCAUCACCCGUCACCCAGAAGGAAACCAGGAAGAGGGUAAGGAGGAGCGACACUCAUCCAGUUUCGCCAGAGAAGAAAGCCCGCAAGUGUCACGAGCUUUCUGACGUGUGA